AUGGACCACAUCCUGGCAAACAAGCACACACAGGAUGCGAUGGAUCUUGACAAAAUGACAUUCGAAGACCUCGAGAUAUACAAGUCACAGCUUGAUUUAAACGCAAGAUCUCCGCUGUUCAGAUUGCCGUCGGAGCUUCGGAACAUGAUCUUCGUACUCGCAAUGCAUGGCGAGCUCCAAGAGCGCAAGAGGUCUUCGCGCCAUGCCACAAUGUUCAAGCAACCCGCCUUCUUCGCCGCAAACCGCCAGGUCAAAGCUGAAUGUACCGGGCUUUGGUUUGCUGAUGUUCUCAUCUGGGAAGAGUUCGACUUUACCUCAAAGAAAUGGACACGGAUGAGCACUGAUGCGGUUCGCGAGAUUUGCUUGGCCAAGACGGCGUCUGGUCGUUGCAAUUUGGUUACGCAGUCCGCCUACUGUGAUGUCAUACGGACCAGAGAUGCUGUCGAGGGAAGCCGUAGCAUUUGCCCUAGAAAGGGUCUGGUGCGAAUUGACAAUGGCAUGCCCUUGCCACAGCUAAGGUGGUGGGUCUGGUGA